UCUUUUUUUCUCUUCCAUUAUUCUAUCUCCCUAAAACCCUAAACUCCUCUUCUUCUUUUCCAUUUAACCGUCGCUCAACGGAUAAAAGUUACUCUAACGGAUAACCGCGAUUGCAGAGUAAGUGAAGAAAAUGCAAUCGCCGAUUUGUCGGAAGAGAAGAACAAGUUCUAUUAUGGAAGGGCAGUUUACUCGGAGUAAAUCUCAGAUUUAUUUGCAUUGUAAUAGGUCGGGUCGUGUUCGGGCCGAUCCGACCCGGUUUAAGAGAUCGGAGCAUCAGCUUCGGCAGCUUGAUUCACCUGUGAAGAAAUCCAAAAGGGUAGUUGUAGAGAAUGCAGAGGAAGUUUCGGUUCGGGUUGAUUCGACCCGAUUCAAGUGUUCGGAUCGAAUUGACCCACCCAAAAGAGUGUUUGCACGGAACCCAGAAGCAGCUUCGGGACCCGUUGAUUCGAUCCGAUUCAAGAGUUCGCAGCAACUUGACCCAUCUGUAGAGAAUGCAGAAGAAGUUUCGGGUCAGGUUCGGGUUGAUUCGACCCGAUUGAAAAUUUCGGAUCAUCAGCUCCAGCAAAUUGACUCGCCUUUGAAGAAAUCCAAGAGGGUAGUUGUAGAGAACCCGGGAGAAGUUACGGGUCGGGUUUGUGUUGAUUUGACCCGGUUCAAGCUAUCUGAUCCACCUGUUAAGCAACCAAAAAGUGUAACUGUAGAGAAUUCUGAUGAAGUUUCUUUGGGUCUAUGUGAAAUGUCGAGGACACCGAUAAAGGAUCUACGUGCUCGGAGGGUUUUUUCUCCAGAAGUUUCUUCCAUUGUUUUAGAAAAUGCUGAUAAUUCUAAGAAAGGUGAACCAAUGGUAUUCACGGAGAAGAAAGGCAUUGAGUUAGAGCUAAAUGGCAAAAAAGUUGAUGACUUUGGAGUAAAAAAGUGUGUUGAAAUUGGAAAUGUGAAUGGAGUUGGUAAAUUGGAAAUUGAGAGUACUGGAAAUGUGAUCAUUCCAAAGAGUUGUUCGGCUGUGAAUUCGAGUUUGCGUAGGAAGGUGUUCGUAGCUCCAAGCUCAUAUAGCUACAGAAGAUUGCUGCCAUAUUUGAUGGAUGCUGCUAGAGAGUAUUCUGGUGCUUCAGAAAUUGAGACACGUGAUACAUCGUCCAAGUCCAAUGAUACAACUUUGAGUUAUCUGAAACCUCAUCUAAGAUCAACAACUAGUAAUGGUUUUGCUUCUGUAGACAAACAUGUAGGUACAAAUUCUGAUGUCACCAAGACACUAGGGAGUGUUGUUGAAGGUCAGAAAAUUGAGGUGAAUGUGUCAUGCAACCCGCAAGAUCUCAAUGAUGUCCCUGAUGUUUUGAGCCAGACUCAGGUAGAGCCUCAGGUGUUUGCCAAUGGGGAUGGACUUGAUCCCGAGGUAUUGGAAGUAUCUGUCCAGGCAACACCACCUGAUGCUGACAUUCUCUUAAAGGCUAACAUGAGUGACUUGGGCGUCAGCGUAGAGCAUAAUGCUCAGCAGAUGGAGAAGAAAUUUGUAGGUCAUUCCUCUGAUAGUAGAAAUGGUUGCACAGUGAAGAGGUCUAGUUUGACUCCUGGGACAAAUGGCAAUGCCCCGAGAAACAAAUUGGCUUUAAAUCCUUGCUCUAAGCUGAAGAAGGUGUUCAAAGCUGCAAGCUCUGUUAGCUACAGAAGACUGCUCCCAUAUCUGAUGGACGUUGCAAAAAAUGAUCCAGGUGCUUCAAGUGAAAACGGAUUACCUAAAUUUUGGAGGGACUUGGAAUGCAACCGACCUUCAAUGUCCGUGAGUAAAGAAGUUCCUACUAACAAAGAUUCUUCUCCCAAGAAAGAUGAAAUCAAAGAACAAGACAUAAAGUUACUGGAACUGAACUGCACCUCAGUCAAUGACGUGAGUGAUUACAUAAAUUCUUGUAUCUCCACGGAAAUUUCAAGUUCUGCUUCUGAUUCGUUCUGUAAGAUGCCAAGUUCAGUGUUUCCUGAUGACGUUGCCGAUUCCCAGGCAUUACUUAACGUUGAGAUCACAAGAAAAUCCGAAACUGAGUCUACUGAUACAAGUAAUACAGAAAAGUUGGAACCAGAAUGUCUCGAUAAUGAGAUUAAUACCUUUAAUACUGGAGCAAAUUUUUCAGGAGUUCUGCCAAGCUCCAAUAUAAGUCCUGAAAGUUCAGCUGGCGAAAACAAAGUAGCUAUCCCGAACCUCUUGCCUAUGAGUCUUGAAGAUUUGCUAAGUGAAUAUGGGAUCGAAGAUCCAAAAGUUGAGCCUAUUAGUCCUGAAGGAGAUCGCAUGACGUGGAAGGCAGAUUGUAAUGAAGUAAAUAGGAAUUCUGUUGACAAUAUGACUGGCACGGUAAGAAUUCAUGCAAAUGCUAGUGAGGCUCCAAAGAAGGAGCUUUUCCUUAAGAUGUCAGUAACUGAGCUUAUCAGUAACGAAAGCAGCUGCAAGGUUUUUCUGGCAGGUAGCAACGGAGACAGUGCAGGACUAGACACGGUUUCUUUGAUCAAAUCAUCUUCUUCCACUGAACCAUCAGAUCUUACGGGAUAUGGUAGCGAUCCCACCAAAGCCCUAUGUGAGUCCAUACAAGAAAUCUCACAAGCUGAGCCUAUUGGUAGUCCAAGUGACUGUAUGAGUGUUGUCGAUAAUCUGAACAAAAAUGAAUGUCUCGCACCAGCUAUUUGUUACCAGAAAUCCACUCAGAAUGAAACAUCAUAUGAUUUGAUUACUCAUCCUGAUGUUCUCAACAGAGGGAUACUAAAGCGAAAUCCUAGGGGAUGCAGAGGUCUAUGUAACUGUCUGAACUGUGCAUCAUUCCGCCUGCACGCUGAGAGAUCUUUUGAAUUUUCUAGAAAUCAGAUGCAAGACACCGAAGAAGUUUCUCUGGGAUUGAUGAAGGAGUUGGCUGAUAUGCGGAUUUUCUUGGAAAAACACCUUUGUCGUGAAAACAACCUUGCUCCUAUCCCUCUUACUCAGCUCGAGGUUGAAGAAGCAUGUACCAAAGCAUUGGAAGCAGAACAACGAGCAAAAGAACGCCUUAGCCAAAUGAACAAUGAACUCAACUAUCACUGCAGAGUCCCGUCCUUGUACCGGCCAAGAGUGACAUUUGCCACUCAUAUUGAAGAAAAAGCUGUUGCAAAGAUCGAAUCAUCUAGUUCAAAACCUGUGGAUGAAGCCAUCAAAGCAGGGACAAAACGUACCCGAAAGAAGCAUCACUGAGCCUAGUUCCCUGUUUGUGUUAUCAAAUUUGACUUUUGUAGAUAGGUGGCAUAGUUCAGAAAUGUUUUUAUGGUUGAAGCUAUACUCUUGAUUCUUCUACUGUCCUCAUACUGCAAAGAGAUUGCUUUAUAUUUGCAAAAUUUCUUUCCACUA